UUCCACUCAAUGCAGAACUGUGCAGAGCUCUGGCAGUGGAAGAAAGGCGGGCAGAUUGGAGUUUUAGGUGCUCGUCUGAGCUUGUGAGCACUGAGGGGCCGGAUCACUCUUUCUCUGCAAUCUUUUAGGCGAUACUUACGGCAUCGUCUAUUAGUUGCCCCCCUUGGAUCCACCCUGCUAUCCUUUGCGCUUUAUGCAAGCAGCAUUGGCAACCUGCCGCAGGACAUCAGCAUUCUCACCUGCCUUCCACUUGGUCCACAGGCUCCCACACAAAAGGUUCCCAGCGACACCCCUGUUCACACCACCCUUUUCAUCAGACAGGCGGUGGCUGACAGUUAUUCGCACCAUGUCAAUGUCGGGGAGGGGGGCGUAUUACAAGGCCAAAUAUGGGGGAGGACGUGGACGGGGGAGAGGGCGCAGCGAUGAGGGGGCGGCAGACUAUAUUGGGGGUCAGAGUCAGACUGACAAUGCUGGGGGGUGGGAAGAGCGGAGCGGCAGCUACCAAGGGAAUGCGUCGGGGAGUGUAGCAGAUUUAAUGCAGACUCUGCAGAGGAUUGACGGGAAGGGCUACGGCGCUUAUAAGGACAUAGUGGGGCGGUGGGAAUUUCCAGAGUUUACGCUGCUUGUAGACCAUGCGCAGGCGGACCCCUUUGCAGGCCCUUCGAGAUGCCGCGUUCAAGUUAAGCAGGCCCUUGCCCGUUUCCCCCCUGAACUCUUCUCCACUCGCAUCCGCAACAUUGCUCUCUGCGACUACCUCACCCGCAACUUCUCCGCCGUUGUCAGCGACGCCGGCGCUGACAUCAGGAAGCAGAGCGGUGGCGGCUGGGGAGCCGCAAAGGGAGGCGAGAUGGCCAUCGAUGUUCCUGGACAAAAGGUUUUGGAGCGCACGAGUAUUCUCAUCAAUCCUCAGAACGUCGAGGCGCGCUUCACGGUUGCGCUUCCGGCGCAAGGCCGGACGGUCCUCGGGCAGUGGGCGGCCCAGGUGCUGACUCAGCAAUUGCCAAAGUUUGUGCGGGAGGCCCUGUUCAUGGACCGGCAGGAUGAGGCGGGGCUGAGGCGACACGUGGAGACAGUCGAAGACACCGAAACGCUGAGACAGGGCCUUGCUCGCGGCGGGUUCGUCGCUUUCGUGGGCGACGGAUCGAUCCUCCCCCGCAAAAGUGGGGACUCCGAGGAGCCGAUGGACGCCCGAGAGGCAAUCCCUUUCAAGUCGCCCCCAAGCCUAGCCAUGAAAUUUACCCUGCCUAACAGGGGGCCAAUUACGGGGAUGGCGAUCAAGAAGGGGGUCACUUUGAUCGUGGGCGGAGGCUUCCACGGGAAGUCGACGCUGCUGGAGGCGAUUGAGGCCGGCGUAUAUAACCACAUCCCGGGCGACGGGCGGGAGCUGGUGGCGACCGAUCCGACGGCUGUCAAGGUGCGCGCAGAGGAUGGGCGCCACGUGGAGGGCGUGGAUAUCUCGCCGUUCAUUUCGAACCUGCCCUUCGGACGCGACACGACGUGCUUUCGGACGCCGGACGCGAGCGGGAGCACUAGCCAGGCGACGAACAUCAUCGAGGCGCUGGAGGUCGGCGCGAAGACGCUAUUGGUGGACGAGGACACGUGCGCCACCAACUUCAUGAUACGGGAUGCGCGCAUGCAGGCGCUGGUGGCCAAAGAAAAGGAGCCCAUCACACCCUUCAUUGCCAAGAUCCGGCCAAUGGUGACUCAGCACGACACUUCAGUGAUUCUCGUCAUGGGCGGCUCGGGAGAUUACUUCGACGUGGCGGACACCGUCGUAAUGAUGGAGAGCUUCGCGCCAAGGGACGUGACGUCAGAAGCCAAAGCCAUCGCGGCCGACUUUGGGGGGGCGCCGGGCGUCCCCCCGGAAAACGGAAACGCGCCGUUCGGCAGACUGGUCUCUAGGUUCCCCGUCGACAUCUACCCUCUCUCGGGGGGAGGGCACCGGGACAUCAAAAUCGUCGCGCGCACCAAGAACGUCAUCUCAUUUGGCGACCAGGAAAUCGACCUGGCCGCUGUCGAGCAGCUUGCGGAGAAGUCGCAGACCCGGGCAGUUGCUGACGCCAUCGCUCUGUUCCGACGGUUACCAGUCGACGGGCGCCAGAGCAUUCAGCAGCUGCUGGCGAGCUUCGAGCGAGAAGUCCAUUCCAAGGGCCUAGACGUAUUAGCUCCUCACAUGCAUCUUGGGACCUAUGCGCGGCCGCGGGUGUUUGAAAUCGCGGCAGCUCUGAAUAGGCUCCGGACUAUCAAGGUACAGCAACACCGGUAGCAGACCGCUUCGUGUCUGGUCGUCUGCUCGUAAGUCGUCAAAGACAGAAGUAGCUGCUCAUUGCAUCCGUUUGAAAGUGUUAUUCCGGAAGCAAUCAGACAUUUGGAUUCUCGCUUGCCAUCUGCCCACAUACGACCGUUAUCGACGUCAUGCAACUUAUUUGCGAGAUGCAAAC